AUGAUUCGUGAUGUUGUUGGUGAUGAUGGUUUGUUAUGGCAUAGACAAGGUUUUGGAAGAAUGAUCAUAUAUGCAAGGCCUGGAGAAUGUUGGAAGUUUGGCUUGAAGAUUGGACUUAGCAUAAGUUUAGGACACUUGGAUAGGCUUAGCAUAAUAUUGGAAAAUGAUAGGAUAUCAGGACAAUCCACAACACGAAAGGAUUACAGGGUAGGACAUAAGGAUAAUCCACGACCCGAGAAAGAACAUCAAGAGGGGAAGUAUCAGGACAAUCUGCACCAGAGACAAGAUGACAAGAUGGUGGGAUAUCAGGACAAUCCACGGCCCAUGGAAGGACAUCAAGAGGGGAGGUAUCAAGACAACCCGCACCCAAGACAAGAUGACAAGAUGGUGGGAUAUCAGGACAAUCCAAGACCCAUGGAAGGACAUAAAGAGGGGAGGUAUCAGGACAACCCGCAACCCAAAACAAGACAUCGAAAGGGGGUAGAAUCUAAGGAUGAUACCCGAUCCCGAAAAAAGGUCAAUAGCUGGAAGUAUAAUAGUGUCGUAUGCUAA